AAGCCCCUCACCUCAACCAUCACAAUGUCCUCCUUCCCGCCAAUCCCAUAUAUCCCGUCCCUGACGCUACCGGCGUUCCUCUUUGAGACCCCGGCCGCUAGCAUCUUGCUCCCCGUGCUAUCUGGCGUCACCGUAGGCUAUGCGAUCAGCCCCUCAGACACGAAGAACAUUUAUCGCCGGCUGAAGCAGCCACCGCUGCAUCCGCCUGCGUGGGUCUUCGGCCCCGUUUGGACUGCGCUCUAUGCGACCAUGGGAUAUACUGCCUACCGUGCCUGGACGACUGGAACCACUUCCCUGGACCUCGAAAAGUUCAAGCUUGCAAAGCAAGGCGCUACUCUUUAUACCAUUCAACUCGGCCUCAAUCUCCUGUGGACACCUCUUUUCUUCGGGUUGCAACGCCCAAUAGCGGCUACCGCGAAUAUUCUUGCCUUGGGAGGUGUGGUUGGCUCGCUGGCGUAUGUUUGGGGUCAGGUUGACCCAGUCUGUGGCUAUCUGCUUGCGCCGUACUUGGGAUGGCUGAGCUUUGCUACUUAUCUUUGCGCCGGAUGCGGCUAUCUUAAUAACUGGAAUUUCAGCCAUGCUAAAGAAGAAUAGAUGAUUGUUUGAGAAAUAAUAAAGGAUCUUCAAAAAAAAGUACUUUUUGUGUCAUCUUGAAUUGAAAUCCAAUUCUGUGACAAGUAGAUUAAUUCAUUAAAGCUAGAUAUUACACUCAUCGAGCAUUGUAGUCUAUCAUCUGUGUCUAAAAUAUGUCGUGCUCGUUGGCAAGCAAAACAGCAGCUGCAAUCGCAUUGAUCAAAGCUCAUCAAAUAUACGCAGUCG